AACUAGUUUUACGUCACCAUCCAUCCUUGAUAACCCCGUGCCACCUCCGAACUUACCCGAAGCUGGCCGAACAUUGCCGAAGUCUUCAACCGCAGUGUUACCGGCUUCAUAGCUCCGCUAACAAGCCGUAACAAAUCUUAUUCGGGUUUUAAUUUUAUAAGUUAAUCCUUCUUUGAAAAACAUUUUUCUUCCAGACACGACCAGCGAGUUUCAUCUUGUUUAGUUCUGUACUAUGUACGAACCAAACGAAACUCUUCAUUCUAAAUCAGUGACUUUAGCAAGAAACUAGUGUUAAAUUCUUUUAAAAUUACGUUGAAAUUAACGUAGCCAGUUUUAGUGAAUAUAUACAGUUUCUUGUAGUGUGGAUGUGUGUAAAUUUACGUUACACCUUCAUAUAACCCGUGAAAAAUACCGUACAAUUUUGAAGUGCAUCACUAAAGAUUUUGGGAGCUUUUUAUCUACUUGACGAAAUGGCAAUCAUAUCCGGUUUUAACGACAAGCAGAACGAGGAGCGACCCAAGUCGUCGUCCCCGGAAAACGCAGCGGCCGAAUCACCACGCAGCGUUCACAGCGCGACGCCGCCAGCUGUCGACGCCAAUCAGCUGGAAGUUGGCGAAGAAGUGGAGCAGUUCCACAACUCGCCACCAGGCAGCGCUGAGGCGGCGGAGCCAGCCGACAUCGCCGCUGGAGAAACCAGUUGCGAACCGAACGUCGAGCAGGAAGGAGCUCGUUUGCUAGAGGAGGACGAGGAUUCACGCGCGGUCGCCGCUAUCCAUACUCACGUCAUCAAAUCGGAGGAGGACAAUAGAAUAGAGGUGGGGGUAUUACAUCAUCAUCAGGAAGGCAUUUCUGCUCAAGAUCUGGACCACUCGCAACAAGAUGACACCUCCUGUGAGGAUCUCAGGGUGGUUCAUCAACAUCAACAACAUCUGCAGAAUGCCAGUGAAGAGGACAACAACGCUAUGAUCAACCGCAUGAACCUCUACAACCUCACCUACCACCUGAAGCCCCAGAUGUCGCCCCACCACCAUUACCAUCAUCAGGAAAUCAUCAACGAUCACCAGGACAACAACCAACAUCAACAGCAACAGGUGAUCUGUGAGGCUGCUGACGAGGAGGCACAGGGUCACCAACUUCAACAGCCUCAGGAAGACCAGUCCUUGAUGGCGAUGCGGUACCAGAACAUCUACCCUCACCUCAAGGGUUACCCUGAGGAUUUGUACCAGAACCUUGCAGCCUACAGUACAGGGACCUCAGACUCCCAUAGCAACCAGGAUGUGGUGGUGUUGAAGGAUGAAGUGUUGGACCAGGAGGUGGGGGAUGACAAUAACAACACAAACGGGGAGAACGGGGACCAACAUCAGCAUCACAGGUAUGAUAUGUUGUCGGUUGAUGACGGAGUCAACUACAGGAGAUCGUCAGUGACGUCAGGGAGUGGUCUCAGUUCGAGGAGACAAUCAGAUUCACAUCAUCAGCAUCAUGUUGAUGACCUGGAUCAGCAGCCAGGGUCGGUCUCGAAUCAUGACCAUCACCAGGAUGAUGUGGGGUCCCCCAGAGAUCCUCACCUAGUUCAUCUCGCCUCGGCGCUGCAGUCCUCACCUGUAGAGUCGCCUCCCUCCUCGUCUUCAGGCGCCGAGACGCUGCAUAAUCUGCAGAAUUUCCAUCACACGCAGACGCCUGACUCGUCAUCUGUCCUGAUGCAACAUCCCGGCGUAUUGAGUUACCAUCAUCACCAGCAGACAAGCUCGAUCUACGCUCGUAACCCAGUGAGUUACCAUUCAGGCAACACUUUGCAUCAGUAUUUCUCGUCAGCUAGUCCCAGUUCCGGAGAGGUAUCCUCCCAGUCCAAUCAGAACAUGUGGGCUACUCAAGUAGUAGCUCCACCUAACGACGAUUACUCACCUCCCGCCCCACAAGCCGUCUCCGGGGGCGUGACGAAAUUCUCAGCCACCGCCCCCAGCACGCUUCCCGCCUUCCAGCCUCGCUUCACCGCGUUUCCGGGGGCGGUUUCCACGUUCCCGGGGGCGGUUUCCACCACCUCCACGGCCUCCAGUUCAUCUUCAAGCCGCGCCGCCCCCUAUUCGCCUUCCAUCUACACGUCCUCCGCCUCCGCUUACCUGUCAACCGGGGAGGCGGGACUUUGGAAUGCCGCCUUCGCUGCCCCCGGGGGCGGCACGGAUCAGUAUAUCGUGGCUCAGCAGAGGAGGACGACUAGUGUUCAACACCAAUAUCCUGCCGCCGCCUCCCUUACAGCUAUGGACGAGGUGGAGUUCUUUCAAGAGGGCCGCGAGUGCGUGAACUGUGGCGCAAUUUCGACGCCCCUGUGGCGUCGCGACGGAACCGGGCAUUACCUGUGCAACGCAUGUGUGGCUAGUCCCGGGAACAAUGAUUACUACAAGGGCUCUUCUACUUAUCUACCAACAACUGCUACCACGUAUACUCCUCACACCACACGGAAUUCCUCAUAUCCCCAUGAGGAUAAAACUACCCGGCGACUGACGGCCAACAGAAGGACAGGGUUGCAGUGUAGCAACUGCACCACCAGAGCAACUUCACUGUGGCGACGUAAUUCGGUUGGCGAGCCUGUCUGCAAUGCAUGCGGUCUUUACUACAAGUUGCAUGGUGUUAACCGACCAAUGGCCAUGAAGAAGGAUAGCAUACAGACAAGGAAACGAAAAGCGAGAGCUGGCUCGAAGGCCGAUACUGGCAGUGCUCCUUCCAAAAUGAUGAAACUGGAGCCGCAAUCAGACGUGUACACGGAAUGUAGAACCAGCAGCAGCUCCGGUAUGAUGUCUCAUAGCAACAACUCUCCACUACCUUACAGCAACCUGUACAGUAAUCAGCAUGCGGCAUCCACACUCUACUACGACAGUCUCACACUGCCAACUAAACAAGAAACGUCUCCGAUCUCAAGCAACGACCAAUCCGCGUCUCCACACAUUGUGACGCUGGCCAAUCAGAAGCCAGAACGCCCUUCAGUCGUGUCUAUAGCUUCGUGAAACUGAAAAAAUCGUCUAAAUCUUGAAUAUCAAUUGAGAACUAGUUGAUUGAUAUAGAAUAGACUGGAUAGAAUUCAGUUUCAUAUAUGAAUUAAUACAGAUUUUGUGAAAAAGGAUUAAUAGUCUAUUUACUUUGUGAAUAUCAAUUGAGAACUUGUUAAUUGAUAUAGAAUAGACUGGAUAGAAUUCAGUUUUAUAUAUGAAUUAACACAAAUUUUAUGAUAAAGGAUUAAUAGUCUAUUCACAUUGUGAAUAUCAAUUGAAAACUUGAUAGACUGGAUUGAACUUAAUUCAACUGAUUCGUGAAACAGAAAACAUAGUUAAUUCACAUCUUGAAUAUCAAUUGAGAACUAGUUGAUUGAUUAACUGGAAAAAUAGACUGGAUUAAAUUCAGUUGAAUACAUAGGUGAAGAGGGAAAGUUAUUCAUUCACAAUUUGAAUAUUAAUUGAGAACUUGAUGGACUGGAUAGAAUUCAGUUUAUUAGUUUCUUGAAAAAUGUAAAAUAGUUUUGUUUACAUUUUGGAAUAUCAAUUGAGAACUAGUUGAUUGAUUAACUGGAAGAAUAGACUGGAUUAAAUUCAGUUGAAUACAUCUAUGAAGACGAGAAUUGUUCAUUCACAUUUCGAAUAUCAAUUGAGAACUUGAUAGACUGGAUAGAAUUCAGUUCAAUAGUUUUUUGAAAAAUGUAAAGUACUUUUAUUUACAUUUUGAAUAUCAAUUGAGAACUUGUUGAUUGAUAUAGAAUAGACUGGAUGAAAUUCAGUUUAAUACAUCUGUGGAAAAAAAUAGGGCAUUAACAUUUCGAAUAUUAAUUGAGAACUUGAUAGACUGGUUAGAAUUCAGUUUAAUAGUUUCUUGAAAAAUGUAAAAUAGUUUUAUUCACAUUUUGAAUAUUAAUCAAAAGCUUGUUGAUUGAUAUAGAAUAAACUGGAUGAAAUUCAGUUGAAUACAUUUGUGAAAAAAGAGAAAUAGUUUAUUUACAUUCUAAAUAUCAAUUGAAAACUUGUUCGUUGUAAUAAUAGACUGGAUGGAAUGCAGUUCAAUAGAUUAAUAGUCCAAUGAUAAAGAAGAUCAAUAUUUUUAUUUUUAGUUUGAAUUUAUAUAUCGAAUAUAAAUAUUGCAAAAUUGUCUACUGAUAUUAGUGAUUGCAUUGACUCGAUUCAUAUUAAUAGCUUCGUAAAGAAUGAAAAUAUUCUUAAUUUUUCAUAUUUUUAUCAUGAGUUGAGAGUUUUCCUAUUGUAUAGGUAACUUCUAUUGAUUAGGCAAUUGGUAUUGUCUAUGAAUUACCUACUGAUAUACUCUUACCUAUAUCUUUUAUUUAUGUACUGUAUUGGAUAAAAUCCAGUUCAAUAGAUUCAUAAAUAUAAAAAUAUUGUUUAUUUUACCCAUUAUUUUUAACGAAGCUUGACAGAUCGCUUAUUCAUGUAAUAGACUGGACAAAAUUCGGUUCAAUGAAUUUGUAAGGAAGAAGAAAAUUGUUAUUUUUAGUUUGAAUUUCAUUUGUUUAUCAAUCGAGAUAUUAUCUUUGGAAAACGAUUCCAAUCUAAAGUUGAUCUCGGUUGAUUUUCAAAAAACAUAUUUCAAUAAUCAUCCUUGAAAUUAAUAUUGCAAGUGUGCCUUGUCAGUGUGCCUUGUCAGUGUGCCUCAGUGAAUUAUGUCCUUAAUUGUGGAUAUAAGAGAGGUGUAACAUAUAUAUUCAAUUUUAUCUCGUUAGACGUAAUACUCUAUGAGUCAUAAUUCUCCGUUUAUUAUUGGAAAACUUAUUUUACAUUCCACCUGUGAAACAUGCAAUACACUCCUAACAAGUAAAACUUAUCAGGUUUAGUAUUUUAUAUGAUAUUUGUCUUAUCUCAAAAAAAAUCAUUCUAGAUAUUAUCUCAUGAUAUUAUUUAUACAAGCUAUCCAUUUUACUGCAAAUAUUAAUAGCAUUUCAAUGAUACAGAAUUAAUUUUAACUCUUGAUUAAUUCAUUUUCUGUUGAAACACUGUGCAGGUACCGUAUUUGAGAUUUGACGUUUUGAUUUUAACUUUCUUUUUAUCAAUAUUCUUGCAAAGAUAUUUCAGGUAUGAUACUUGAUAUUAUUUAAAGAAUUUGAAAAGAUUCUAAAAUAUUUUUCUGUUGUCAAUUCACUUUUGAAUGAUUGUACAGAUAUUUGAGAUACGGUAUUAUACAUUAGACUAUUCAUAAAUUUUAACAACAAUCUAGAAUCAAUUCAGAACUGGAAAAUUUUAAUAAGUAUUAUACUUUGAAAAGAAUUUAAAAUAUUUUUUAGUUCUCAAUUCACUUUUGAAUGAUUGCACAGAUAUUUGAGAUAUUAUACAAUAGAUUAUUUCUAAAUUUUAACAACAAUCUGGAAUCAAUUUAGAAUUGAAAAUUGAACAAGUAUUAUACAUCAGAUUAUUUCUAAAUUUUAACAACAAUCUGGAAUCAAUUUAGAAUGGAAAAUUGAACAAGUACUAUCAUCAAUUAUUUCUAAAUUUCAAUCUAAACAACAAUCUAGAACUAAUUCAGAGUUGGAGAAAUUUGAAAAGUAGACAAAAUUAUCCAUCCAAACAAUAAUUUGAGAUAUUAUUAAUUAUAUUAGAAAUUUAUAGAAAGAAGAUUUCUUUAUCAUUGAUUCCAUACCUCACAUUCCAAUAUUGAUAUAUAAUUUAAAUAUUUAAUGUAAUAUUAUUUUUGUAUUUUAUGAAUUUUCAUAAAUCAUUCCCAUAGGCUACUCAUAUAGGAUUAUAAUUUUAAUCAUUUCAGAGAAUGAUUUGUAAGAAAACUUAUACUAGAAUAUCAAAAAAGACAUAUUACACCAUUUAUCAAAUAUCAUGAUAAUAUGGGGCUUAUUCUCUAUUACUUGAAAGUUGCUGUAUCAACAAUAUCAACUCAUGAAUCUUUCAGCUUAUUGCAAUCUUUUUAAAGCAAUAAUUAAUUAUCACUUAAGCAUAUUCUGCAUUGAUAAGCUCUCUAAUUAUUUUACGAAUUUAUAAUUAUAUAGUUGGUAUUUAUUACCAAAACAAUGGUUGAAACUUUUGUUUAAACAUCAAUUCUUGGAGGUUCAUAAAAAUCAAGUGAUUCAAAGUUUUAUUUUCUUUGUGAUUAAAAAUAUUUAUAGAUCAAAGAGUGUGUUUAAACAAUAUCAAUUAAUAUUAUUCUUAUUAUUAUCAAAUUCAGAAUAGUUUUGAUAAUUCCAUGAUACAUUUGUGAUGACAGUAUUGCGUUGCAUUUCACAUGAAAUAACUUUUUCAUUUAUUAUGUAUUCUCACAUAGGCUACUUCUAAAAUAUUGUAGAAUAUUAUAUUAUUAUAAUGAUAUAGUAAUAAAGGUACAAUAUUGAAAUCUCCAACCGCUGUAUUUAAUGUGCCUAUUCAUUCAAAUUUUGAUCUGUCAUUUGCAGAUUAUUAUUGUGUAUUGAAAUGAAUAAAGAUCUAUCAUAAAUAAAUAAAAUUUUAUUGCCAUGGAACAAUCAAGUUAUUUGUACUAAAAAUAAUUAAGAUCUGUUUUCUUAGUAGUUUUCAAAAUACGAUUUAGCUAGGAAAAUAUUUAAUAAAUUGGACUUAACUAGUGAAAUUUCACCUAGGAAAUUGUAAAAUUGAGAAAUCUAGAUCUUUUUCAUUGUAUGAUAGGAGUAUCCAGAUUUAAAGCUGCUUGAUGCAGUUAAUAAUAUUAUCAUUAUUCUUGAU